AUCCCAAAGGUUCCACCAGAUCACAGCCAUGCAGAUGUUCGUUGCUUUCCUGCUGGUGGCGGCUGCCUCGGCGGCUCCUCAGUUCCAGCCUCAGUUCACCAGCCCCGUCCAGCCCUUCCAGCCGGAAGUCCGCAUUCUCAGCCAGAAGUUUGAGCAGGAUCAGAUUGGAAACUACGAGUACGGAUACCAGCAGGACAAUGGACAGCAGGUACAGGAAGUUGGCCGCGUCCAGCCCGGCCCGCAGCCCGACACUGGAUCUUUGGAGCAGCAGGGCAGCUACGAGUUCAUCGGUGACGACGGCAACACCUACCGCGUCGACUAUCUGGCCAAUGAGGGUGGCUUCCAGCCGCAGGCCGCCCACCUGCCAGUGGCGCCGGCUCAGAUUCCCGAGUACGCCCAGCUGAGGCAGGAGCACCCGGAGCUGUUCUGGGCUGAGAACCAGGGCGUCAUCAUCAACGACCAGCAGUUCAUCCAGCAGCAGCAGUUCUUCUAGUGAUGAAGCCUGAAGCACUGAAAUGAUUC